UUAAUGAAUCUUUCUAUCAUGUAACGCUUCAUUCAUUUCAUCGUUUGUUUUUGCACACAUAUUUAGAUGCUCUUAUCGGCAAACAUGAAAAAUAAGUUGCGUCACAAAGUCAAGUUUCAAAGUCAACCUAUUUGCAAAAAAUUGUGCAAGUACAAUUUUUUAUUUUUUUGAAGUUUUGUGCUUAAAUUGAACGGAUUGAUCAUAGCAGAAAAAUGGCGAAUAGUCCUACAAAUUUUAUUAAAUCGGAUCCGGACUGCAUUAUUGACAUACAAACCCCAAGAUAUUCCUUUUUAUCAGCACAAUAUAAACAUAGAAGUUUCGCCUAUAAAACUAUGCGGAACCGGCUGCCAGCUAUCCUUGAAAAUAUCAUUGAAAAUAUUACCAAAGACGCUGAAAAUAUUAUUGCUGAAUUUGGAGAGGAGACUCGUAAGGAAAUUUAUGAUGUUGCUGAUAGGAUUUUAAAGCUGAAAUUCAAACUGGAAAACGAUUAUGUAAUGAAAACAUUUAAGGGUGAAGCACGUGACAAGAAACUUUGGAACGAUUUUCUUAACCAGCAAAACAACGAUUCAAACAGUUUUUUAAAAGCAUGCUGGCUAUAUGCAGAAUGCUAUGUAUACCGGCGAUUAUAUUAUUUCUUCGAAAAUCAUAGAAUCCUCAAGACAUACGACUAUUUUUCGCAAAACAAACAAAAAGCUUUCACCAUUAGUGUAGGAGCAAUGCUUAACGUUUUUGAAGUACUUCAAUCAAUGAAAUCACACAUAUCCGAUGAUAAUUUAAAACUUUUAUUAAAGCUAAACUUAUGGGGAAACCGCUGUGACUUGUCUAUUUCAUCAGGCAAGGAAGUGAAACCCGGUGACAAUCCAUUUGAACUUGCAAGAAAUUUAGAUAAAAAAAUUAUUGUCGACGAAAGCUGCAAAAUUAUUGAAUGCUUGAAUCAUGCUGAUCGGAAAAAUUCAGUUAUUGAGUUUAUUUGCGAUAAUGCAGGUUAUGAACUUUUUACUGACUUUAUACUCGCCGAUUAUCUGAUUGAGAGCAAAUUAGUGAGCAAAGUACGAUUCAACUUAAAAGCUAUGCCUUGGUUUAUAUCAGAUGCAACAUUCAAUGACUUCCGAUGGAGUCUGGAGUAUAUGAAAAAUCAUUCCUCCCCUGUCUUAAGAGAAUAUGGCCAAAAAUGGCAAGCGUUUGUAAUAGGAAACAAGUUCGAGUUAGCUAAUGUGAACUAUUUCUGGACAAGCCCAUACGAAUAUUAUAGAAUGCCUGAAAUCGACCCGGAACUGCACAAAAGGCUUUCUAAAUCUCAUUUAGUGAUUUUCAAGGGUGAUCUAAACUAUCGGAAGCUCAUCAGCGAUUUUUCUUGGGAUUGCACAGAGUCUUUCAAAACAUGCCUAAAAGGUUUCCAGCCGACAAAUCUUUGCAGUUUGCGCACUAUAAAAGCAGAUUUAAUCUGUGGACUCUUGGAAGGGCAGUCAAAAAGUUUAGAAAAAGAAAACAAUGAGUGGAUGAUCACAGGGGAAUUUGGAACUAUACAAUUUGCAGCCAAAUGUGACUGCUUCCAUAAUAGCGAUAGAUAGUCAAAUUAUGAAAUUUUUCUAUGAAAAUUAAAAAUAUGAAAAAAUAAAAGCUUUUUUCCUAAA